GAGGACCAAUGAGCGGCGAGGACACUGCGGGGUGUGCGGCGGCCCAAGCGGUUUCAAACGGCUUAGAGCAGGCCCCUCGGUUCUGACCCAGCGGAGGAAUCACUCUUCAUUCUAAGAAAAAACUGGAAGCACAAUGGGAGAUGACAGUGAGUGGUUGAAACUGCCUGUUGAUCAGAAAUGUGAACACAAGCUAUGGAAAGCAAGGUUAAGUGGGUAUGAAGAAGCCCUGAAGAUCUUCCAGAAAAUAAAGGAUGAAAAGAGUCCAGAAUGGUCCAAAUUUUUAGGAUUGAUCAAAAAAUUUGUCACUGAUUCCAAUGCAGUGGUUCAGUUGAAAGGAUUAGAAGCUGCACUUGUUUAUGUUGAAAAUGCCCAUGUAGCAGGAAAAACCACAGGAGAAGUUGUUUCAGGUGUUGUAAGUAAGGUGUUCAACCAGCCUAAAGCCAGAGCCAAGGAGCUGGGCAUAGAGAUUUGUCUCAUGUACAUAGAGAUUGAGAAAGGAGAGGCUGUGCAAGAAGAGCUCCUGAAAGGCCUGGACAAUAAGAACCCCAAGAUCAUCGUGGCCUGUAUAGAGACACUGAGGAAAGCCUUAAGUGAAUUUGGUUCCAAAAUCAUCUUGCUUAAGCCAAUUAUCAAAGUGUUGCCAAAACUCUUUGAGUCUCGAGAGAAGGCUGUUCGAGAUGAAGCCAAACUAAUUGCUGUGGAGAUUUACAGGUGGAUUCGAGAUGCCUUGAGACCGCCAUUGCAAAAUAUAAACUCUGUUCAGUUGAAAGAACUAGAAGAAGAAUGGGUCAAACUACCAACAGGUGUUCCUAGACCUAGUCGAUUUCUUCGUUCCCAGCAAGAACUAGAAGCUAAAUUAGAACAGCAACAGUCUGCUGGUGGAGAUGCUGAGGGAGUUGUUGAUGAUGGUGAUGAGGUGCCACAGAUAGAUGCUUAUGAGCUUCUGGAAGCUGUAGAAAUUCUUUCCAAACUUCCCAAAGACUUUUAUGACAAAAUUGAGGCAAAAAAAUGGCAAGAGAGAAAAGAGGCCCUGGAGGCUGUAGAAGUACUAGUGAAAAACCCCAAACUGGAAGCUGGCGAUUAUGCAGAUCUAGUAAAAGCAUUAAAGAAGGUUGUUGGAAAGGACACUAAUGUCAUGUUGGUGGCUUUGGCAGCAAAAUGUCUUACUGGCCUGGCUGUUGGACUAAGGAAGAAAUUUGGACAAUAUGCAGGACAUGUCGUGCCAACCAUUUUGGAGAAAUUCAAAGAGAAGAAACCUCAAGUGGUACAAGCCCUACAGGAGGCAAUUGAUGCAAUCUUCCUUACUACCACACUGCAGAACAUCAGUGAGGACAUUUUAGCAGUAAUGGAUAAUAAAAAUCCAACCAUCAAGCAGCAGACAUCUCUUUUUAUUGCAAGAAGCUUCCGACACUGCACUGCUUCUACCCUGCCAAAGAGCUUGCUAAAGCCCUUUUGUGCUGCACUACUUAAGCACAUCAAUGAUUCUGCUCCUGAAGUCAGAGAUGCUGCAUUUGAAGCAUUGGGUACUGCUUUGAAGGUGGUUGGUGAAAAAGCAGUAAACCCAUUCUUAGCUGAUGUGGACAAACUCAAGCUUGAUAAGAUCAAAGAAUGUUCAGAAAAAGUAGAACUGAUACAUGGUAAGAAAGCUGGAGUAGCAACUGAUAAGAAGGAAUUCAAACCAGUGCCCGGAAGGACUGCUGCCUCAGGGGCUGCGGGGGAUAAGGACACGAAGGACAUUGCUGCACCCAAACCAGGACCCUUAAAAAAGGCACCUGCUACUAAGACUGGUGGGCCACCUAAGAAGGGGAAACCAACUGCACCAGGAGGUGCAGGGAGCGCUGGAACCAAGAGCAAGAAAGGAUUGGAGACCAAAGAAAUAGUGGAGCCUGAGCUCUCGAUAGAAGUAUGUGAAGAAAAAGCUUCAGCUGUCCUUCCCCCUACUUGUAUACAGCUUUUAGACAGCAGUAACUGGAAGGAAAGGCUGGCCUGCAUGGAAGAGUUCCAGAAGGCUGUUGAACUCAUGGACCAAACUGAAAUGCCAUGCCAAGCAUUAGUGAGGAUGCUGGCCAAGAAACCUGGAUGGAAAGAAACUAACUUUCAGGUGAUGCAAAUGAAGCUUCAUAUAGUUGCUUUGAUUGCUCAGAAGGGAAACUUUUCUAAAACUUCAGCUCAGAUUGUAUUAGAUGCCCUUGUGGACAAGAUUGGAGAUGUGAAAUGUGGAAACAACGCAAAAGAAGCUAUGACAGCAAUAGCCGAAGCUUGUAUGUUACCAUGGACAGCAGAACAGGUUGUAUCAAUGGCUUUCUCACAGAAGAAUCCCAAGAAUCAAUCAGAAACUCUGAAUUGGCUAUCAAAUGCUAUAAAAGAAUUUGGUUUUUCUGGGUAAGUCAGAAAUUAAGUGGAAAAUAAUUAAAUGUUUUGCCAGUCUUUAAUUGGUGAU